AUUGUGCAAUUGGAGCGGCGAGGUGAAGGCGCAGGCAGAAUGGAGGUGGGGAGGUGCGCGGCGCUCGUAGGGCUGGCGCUUCAGCCGCAGCAGUAGCCAGGCGCCGCCACCGCCGCCUGCACGGGGGGCUUUGUUUUCAGUCCCGCCCGGCCGUCGCCAUCCACCUCGCCCUCCUUCUUCUCCCGUGCCUCGCAGCCAAGGCGGGCGGCCACCAUGGAACCGGGACAGAAGCAGCUGUAAGGGAGAAGCGGAGCCCCCCUCCCCAGCCUCCCGGGGAAGAAGACGACAGAGAGCUAGAGCGGCUCGCUCCCCCCACCCCACACACACACCGAGGUUCCUCCUCGCUCCGCCACGCAGAGAGGCCCCCCCCCCCGCUCCGUGAGUUUUAUCUGCUGCUGUGACAUCUGAGAGGCAGUGACCGGUCUCCCUGCGUGGCCUUGGAUCCUGCACCCAGCCCCUUCACCUCCCUGUAGCCAAUGACCCACAUGAACCCAAUGAAACAAUCGCUCCCACCCACCCCGCAUGGUGAUGGUUCAUAUGCCUACGAGUCAGUUCCUUGGCAACAGAAUACCAAUCAGCCUGCAGGAUCUCUCUCGGUGGUAACCACUGUUUGGGGCGUCAGCAACACAUCCCAAAGCCAGGUUUUUGGAAACCCCAUGGGUCCUGGAGGAAACACAGCUGGCAAUCCCAUGAUGCCCAGCGUGGCCAGCAGUGGCUCUGGCAUGAACUCACCACAAUUUAUGGGACAGCAGCCUUUCCCUGAGGGUUCCACAGGCAAAGGUUACGUGCAACCUGGGAUGUACAGUCGCAAUUCGUACCCUGGAGGGCCAGGCUUCACCACAAGUUAUGCAGGGAGCCCAAACGGCCCAGGGGGAAUGGGCAUUCCUUCUCAUACUGGGAGACCCCCGUCAGACUUCACCCAAGCAGCCGCUGCAGCCGCUGUAGCAGCUGCGGCUGCUACAGCCACGGCCACGGCUACAGCCACAGUUGCUGCCUUGCAAGAAAAGCAGAGCCAGGAGCUGAGUCAGUACGGAGCGAUGAGUGCUGGGCAGCCUUUCAACAAUCAAUUCCUCCCUCAUUCGGGGCCUCGAGGACCAACCGGGAUGAAUCCAGCCAACAUGUUGAACGCCUCCGGGAUGUCACCCAUGAACAUAAACACAGCGAGGAGUCCCGCAAUGAGCGCCCUGUACGCUGGGCAGAGGAUGCCACAGCAUGGCUACCCUACCCCACCACAAGGCCAGCAGAUACCCCGGCAAAGUGUCAAGAGGACUUACUCCAACGAGGGUUAUCCAGGACAACAGUAUAUACAAGGUGGCCAGUAUCCCUCUCAAGCCGGACAGUAUGCCACGAAUGUGCCUCAACCAUCUGCUCCAUCCCCCUCCUAUCCUGGUCACCGGUUGCCACUGCAACAGGGAAUGAGCCAUUAUCUCUCUGCCUCCAGUACUAGCGGCCCAUACUAUAAGCCUACUGAUCAGUUCAAUGGUCAAAAUGCCAAUUUUAAUGGUGGAAACUUCAAUACCUAUGGACAAGCUACUAUGAAUGGGCCGGGAAGAUCUAUGCCUGGUUAUCCAAGCUCUCCUUUACCUGGUAACCCCACACCUCCAAUGACCCCUGGAAGUAAUAUCCCUCCCUACAUGUCCCCAGGACAGGAUGUGAAGUCACCAUUCCUUCCAGACAUCAAACCUAAUAUGAAUUCUCUGCAUCCUUCUCCAUCUCCCAACAUGGGUUCUUUGCAUCCUUCUCCAUCUGGAAACCCUUGCGAUGAGUUGCGUUUGACCUUCCCUGUAAGGGAUGGUGUAGUGUUGGAGCCUUUCCGUCUCCAGCACAACUUGGCGGUCAGCAACCACGUCUUCCAGCUCCGGGACUCUGUUUACAAGACCCUGAUGCUCAGGCCUGACUUAGAGCUGCAGUUUAAAUGCUACCAUCACGAGGACCGACAAAUGAACACCAACUGGCCAGCCUCAGUCCAGGUCAGCGUGAAUGCCACCCCUCUGACCAUCGAGCGGGGAGACAACAAGACUUCACACAAACCCCUCUACCUAAAGCAGGUCUGCCAGCCCGGCAGGAACACCAUCCAGAUCACAGUCACGGCUUGCUGCUGUUCCCACCUUUUUGUCCUGCAAUUGGUGCACAGGCCUUCGGUCCGGUCCGUCUUGCAAGGCUUGAUCAAGAAGAGGCUGCUGCCGGCUGAGCACUGCAUCACCAAAAUCAAAAGGAACUUCAGCAGCGGCACAAUCCCCGGGACUCCGGGUCCAAAUGGUGAAGAUGGUGUGGAGCAGACGGCCAUUAAGGUGUCUCUGAAGUGCCCCAUUACUUUUCGGAGAAUCCAGCUUCCCGCCAGGGGUCAUGACUGCAGGCACAUACAGUGCUUCGACUUGGAAUCCUAUCUGCAGCUAAAUUGUGAAAGGGGAACGUGGAGAUGUCCUGUUUGCAAUAAAACAGCCUUGUUGGAAGGGCUUGAAGUGGACCAGUACAUGUUGGGAAUCCUGAUUUACAUUCAAAACUCCGAAUAUGAAGAGAUCACCAUCGACCCGACGUGCAGCUGGAAGCCGGUCCCAAUCAAACCUGACAUCCACAUCAAGGAGGAACAGGAUGGGCCUGUGCUGAAGCGUUGCCGCACCAUGAGCCCCACCCACAUGGUGAUGCCCAGCGUCAUGGAGAUGAUCGCAGCUCUGGGACCGGGUCCCUCACCAUUUGGAUCUUUGCAGUCCUCUUCUGCUGGUGGUGGCACCAACGAUUACACCAACCAAAAUUCAACCUUUUCUGGAACUUACUCAGAUUCAUUCCCCACUGUGAACCCCGGCACCCCGACGUUAAAUGAAUUCAACCCUGGGCCUCCUCCCAUCUCCUACCAAUCUGACAUUCCGGGCAGCCUGCUGACCCCCGAAAAGCCAACUUCCAUUCCUGGACAGAUGCCUCCAUCAAACAGGAUGGAUCCUUCUUCACACAAUCCCAUGCAACAGGGCCUAAAUAACCCCAACCUUGGCAAUCAGCCAGGCCAGCAGCAACAGCAGCAACAGCAGCAGCAGCAGCAGCAACAGCAGCAGCAGCAGCAACAACAACAGCAGCAGCAACAACAGCAGCAGCAGCAGCAGCAGCAGCAGCUCCACCAUCGGAAUCCCUCUCUUCCUCCCCCACCAUCACGCCAGGCACCGGGACAGUCAGGCACUGGAGGCCCAGCACAUGGAGGGGAGCUGCCUUUCAAUCCUGGGAUGGGAGGGCCACCUGGGCCUGUGGAUGGGCCUGAACCUUCUCUUGACCUUCUUCCUGAGCUGACAAAUCCAGAUGAGCUGCUGUCCUACCUGGGCCCCCCCGACCUUCCCAAUAAUAGCAACGAUGAUCUGCUCUCUUUGUUUGAGAACAAUUGAAGCCUCCCCAGAUGGAACCCUGGCAUCAUGCUCCACCUGCCAUGUUCUCUCUCUCUCUUUCUCUCUCUCUCUCUCUCUCUCUCUCUCUCUCUCUCUCUCUCUCUCUCUCUCUCUCUCACACACACACACACACACACACACACACACACUCUUUCACUUACAAUUUAUCCCGUAGCUUCCCAGGCUGUCAUCAAGAGAGAGACCUUGCCUUGUAUCCCGGUGGUAGCCAUGAAGCCCUGCUAGUGAAUCAGUGCGCGGGACCUUGGCCAGGCAGCCAUCUCCUUUUGCUAGGAUUGCCUUUUGUCUAUAAAAGGGCUCCCAUGGGAGACUAGGAAGGCUUGUUUUACUUGUUUUGAUAAAUCCUUCCAGCCCAGGAGAGAUGGCGCUGCUGCUGCUGUUGAUGGGGACUGAAAAACGGCUUUUUAUCAUGUUACUGAGGCCAGAUCAGGUAGAGGGCAUUGUCUUGCUUCUAAUAAUAUUCCCAAGAUAGCUCUACAGCCAGGGCAGGAAGAAAUGCAUCUGGUUAGCCUUUGGAAAUGUGACUAGAAUUGACAACUCCCAUCAUGUGCAUCAUUCUUGAUAACUUGAGAUGAGUAUGUCUGCCUGAUCAUCUGAAGCUAUGGAAUGAAACUGACACCUAACACUUCAUCCACUUUCCUCGUGGAUUUUAAAGAACAAAUCCCAAGGAACAUCAGAGCUCUGCUACAUCUAGAGAAAGCAGAUCAAGCUUGCCUGCUCUUAUCUGUCCCUGGAUCUGGAGCCCUCCUUCCCAUGAGCUACAGUAGUUCUCCCUGUCCAUCCUCUACAGCCUUGAUAUGGACAGAGCAGCAGUUCCCCAUGUGGUUUCCAGCAUCGUGGUGAGAGCAUCCUCAAAUUCAGAUGAGCAACCUGCCCGCUGUCUCUCUCUUCAAAAGGAGGCUAUUCCCCGCAGAAGGACCCCAGGCAAAUUCCAGCUAGGAAAUCUUCCCCUGUGACUUCCUGCUGACUGUGAAAGUGAAGAAACGCAUCUCUGACUGAAAGAACCAAAGGUUCCUCAGAUAUAGCCUGACAGAUCGCCUCCGUCAGUUGAUGGAUCCAUCUACAAGCACAACAAUGUACAUAAUGUAGAAACACUAAAAGAAACAAACAAAAAAGAAGAAGCGAGGGUGGGAGGAAGUGAAAGUGGGAGGGAUGGGAAAGAAAAUGUUUUAAAAACUCAUCACACUUGUUGUAUAGUCUCAUGGGGCUCCCCAGGCAUGGGGCAAAAGGUCCUCUGUAUAAAUGUGCAUAAGCUUCCUAGAUUGUAAUAUAGACCAUUCCACAUGAGACAGAGUGCACCAUCCAGAGACGUGAUGCUUUUAGCCAUAGCCGGGGCUUGUCCCUUGCAUUUGAUCUGUGGGGAUCCCGCCAAAGCAGAGUCUGGAUGCUGAGAUUUUACUCAUUUUAAUCCCGAGCCCCCAAAAGUUAAGUGGCAAACGAGACAAAUCCCAAAACUUAAGUUUUAAAAUACGUGUGUGUGUUGGCCUUCCUUUCCCUUCCAUCCUGCCCAGGAACCUACUUUGGUUAAGGGUUGCACUUGGGAUGGUGGUGAAGAGAUCCCAGGUGUGAUCUGUCUGUGAAAAAAUCAAAGCCAUUGUUUGUGGCCAGGUUUCCUGAGCCAGGGAAUCCCUGAGUCCCAAGUGCUGACAGCUCUGUUGACUUUCGUGUAUCUUGUUUCAUUAUUGCUAUAUAUUAAAGGAUUCUUUUUGGUGGGGCUCACCAAAUAUCUUUUGUGGGCCGUUGACUUUCAGGUUUGAUUGCUUGCAGCCUUGAGGAGUAAAAGGGGGUGGGGAGGGCAGAUCACACGGUGAGUUAUUUUCUCCUCCUAGAAUAUAGGAACUCAUUUCUUGAAGAGAGAAGUCAAUGACCAACCCAAGGCCAAAAAAUAUUGAAAUUGGCAACCAUGUCACAGAAACCAAAGAAUGACUAGGAGCAUAAUUUUGAUUAGGGUAUAACUAUAAUAAUUUGUGUGGUUUGAGAUGGUCCAUUGUCGCAAGAGGCAAAAUUAACCUUGAGGGCAAUAGAAUACAAGCACUGUAGAGGAUACAACUUUGGAAGCAGAGAAAUAUUUGGGGGCCAUGCUAAAAGGUUAAAAAGAUGGUGGAGGCUGAAAGGGUGCCACCCCCCAUAAAUAGCUAUUUAAAAAAUCUCUCCCUCUCUAAAACUGAUCGAUGCUUCUCCUCUUUUAAGAGAACCUGGUAUUCUUAUAUGUUCCCAGCAAAAACAUGAAUCUUAUCUCUUCUAGGCGUUUGUGCUAGAAUUCAGUAAACCUUGGCCCAUUUUCAUUCAAAUCUGAGUGAUGGAGAAAAGGAAACUCGGCUACACUCUCCUAUUACUAUUAUUAGAAUCACCCUACAUGAAGCACCCCAAAUCAGCUACUAUCCUACCAAAUUAGAGGUUGCGGACAUCUCAGAGGCAGAUAGGGUGCUGGGAUUGUCAUGCAUGUCCAGGUUAAGCCUCUAUGUUAAGUUGUAGGACUUUGUGCACAACAAGGAAAUAAAUUACUGCAGUGUUAGUUGUCCUGGUAUGCCAAGGAGAACGGAAAGUUACAAUACUUCUCCCCCAAAAAAGAGAGCAGGGAACAUGUCACAAGUAGCACUGCCUCCUUUGUACUAAAGAAAGUCCAUCAAUCAGUGAUAUAUAGCCCAAGUUUUGAUGGCCCCAGAAUAAUUUCUAAAGUCUGCUGCAAUUAGAGAUUUUUGCAACCUCAGGAAGCAUGUUGAUGGCACUGGGCCAGUGAUUAUAAUGGCAGUGCCUAGUGAGCUGGAUCUUGAUGUAGCUAGAGACAACUAUUAAAAUUACUGAGAUUUUGGUCAUGUCUAACUAAACUCCUAUUAAUUUCAGGUAUGACUGAAUCUGGAUCUAGCCUUCCUGUGGGCAUGCAUGUUCCUGUCCCUUUCAAGUCUAGGAAAUCUACCCUACAGGUUUCCUUUGAAGUAGUCCAAAAAGUUAAGAAUGACUGAAUGAAGAAUAAUUGACGCCUUUGAACUGUAGUACUGGUGUAAAUUAUUGUGUAUACCAUGGAUGGCCAGAGUAACUAACAGAGGUGGUUAAAUCGUUUUAAACCAGACACAUCACUCUAAGCUAAAAUCAUAAGGCUACGUCUGAGUUACUUUGGCCAUGUCAUGCCUGCAAAUUCAUUGAAGAAGGCAAUGAUGCUAGGAAUGGUUGGUGAAAAAAGAAGAGUCAAGCAAAGAACUUGCUGGCUU